AUGGCGAUCUGUACUUGUAACGCACGUACGCUUGCAUCGGAAGCGGCCAUCGAAGAUCUGAUGAUGCAAGCCAAGAGGAUCAAGCACGACGUCAUCGGACUGACCGAGACGAGACGGCGUCACCCUCUCUACGCUGUAUAUGAAACUGGAGAAGAACUGUUCUUAGGAACAUGCGACAGUAGAGGUGUUGGUGGAGUUGGCGUCCUCGUCAACACGAGUAUGGCAAAAAACAUCGACUCUUUCGAACAACUUACGACCCGAAUCGGACGUCUGCGGAUGAGAAGAUGUGGUCCAACACCAGUUUUGACUAUCUUCGUCGCUUACGCUCCAACAUCAAGCUACGAAGAAGAAGAAGUCGAAGCUUUCUAUAUGGAGCUGGAGAAGUUCUACCGAGAAGAUCAUGCCUUCUACAAGGUCAUAAUUGGCGAUUUCAACGCCAAAGUUGGCCCAAGAAGAACGCCGGAGGAACUUCGCAUCGGGAUCCACGGCCGACAAUGGGGGGAGAGGCUCUCCGAGUUCAUCAUGACGACUAAGACCAUCCAUGGGAACUCGCAAUUCCAGAAGCCCUCCUCUCUACGCUGGACGUGGGAGUCACCCGGUGGAGGGUACCGUAAUGAAAUAGACCACAUCAUCGUCAAUAAAAGGUUCUGCCUGACGGACGUCGGUGUUGUACCAAAGUUCUAUACGGGAUCAGACCAUCGCCUCCUCCGAGGAAGAUUUUCCUUCACAAGGAGAGCAGAGAAAGCCGCCAAGUUCAGAGAGAGAAAUCCCAGGACUACCAUCAACUGGGAUCUCUUCGCUACGCUAGCCGGCUUUUGGGAAGAUUCCGCAAUGGACAACAUUGACGAGGAAUAUGACCGGCUUGUUGAACACCUUCACGACUGCGCGAAGAAGGCUGAGAGUUUUAAAACCACCAAGAGGCGCCUGUCUCUUGAAACUCUUGAGCUGAUACGCCAGCGUGGAGCAGCACGAGCCGCAGGGAACCAAGAACUCACGUCCGAGCUCGCUAGGCUUUGCAGAGAGGCGAUAAAGGAAGACCUUAAAGAGAGAAGAGCAGAAGUGCUGGCUGAAGCUGCAGAGGCGGGGAAAAGCAUCCGCUAUGCCCGUCGAGACUUCGCCAGUUGCAAAACGAGGGUGACUGCUCUCCGGAACCCAAAGGGAAGCUAUCAUCUCAUUGAGUAG